GUUAGAUUCUCAGUUCUAUUUCUUCUCCCUGCACUGCUACUUACUAAGCACUACCAGUUCACUCUCCUCUUUCCCAUGGCGGCCACUGCUUAUUACCAUCCCACUAUGCCACGCGCCUGCUCACGCGCCCUACAAGCUCCACUGUCUUCGCUCUCUCCGUCUCGCUCGGACCUCAACGCCUCGUCUUUCGUCUCAUUUCCCCUCCAUUCCAGGUUGACAGAGGCUCUUAAGGUUCCCAAUCUUAAGUUUCCGUCACUCAAGGUUCUCUGCGUCCGUGAAUCCAGGGCUCCAGCAAUUUCCAAGGACACAUGGGGAAAUUCUGUUCUAAACAGUGAAACUCCUGUUUUAGUUGAAUUUUAUGCGAGUUGGUGUGGACCAUGCAGGAUGGUUCAUCGUGUAAUCGACGAGCUUGCUGCAGAGUAUGCUGGGAAGCUUAAAUGCUUUGUACUCAACACAGACGAUGACUUGCAAAUUGCAGAGCAGUACGAAAUCAAGGCUGUACCAGUGGUUUUGCUCUUUAAGAAGGGGAAGAAAUGCGAGUCUGUGGUUGGCACCAUGCCGAAGGAGUUCUAUGUGGCUGCAAUUGAGAGGGUUCUGAAGUUAUAAGCAUGUUUCAGGGCUCAUUACAAGAAGAUACAUCAAAGUUUAUAUUUUCUUCCGGCAAUGUGUUCUGCGAUUUUUUUACUGAGAAUCUUGGGCUUGGAACUAUAUAUAUAGGCUGUACAUAUUUUAGAUGUAUGCCUACCUAGAUAGUUGGCACCAGCGUUGUAGUACUUGUUAUAUAAAAAUGGUCUUGCUCUUUACAUUUUGUUAGUCAUUCAGUUCUUUCAAUUUGAUAUUAAUGAUACAUGCUUACUUUUCUUUUUC